UAGAGAAUCACUCCAUGUUUGGAUUCCAACGAUCGGAAGGUUCCACUGAAUGUCCUACGCUCAGAUGCUCAGUUGGCGAGAGAGGCGAAAGUUCGGGAAACGUCAAAGCCUGAUCAAAACAGUGCAUUUUUGCAAAACAAGCUGUGUAAAAAUUGAUAAAAUUGGUGGAAAAGUAGGAAAAAUGACUGAGGAAUUCAGUGCUGGGCAGUUCGGCGUGGUGCCGAAGGAGGAGCCGCCCUCACCGCAAUCGCACGAAUCCUCGGGCACGUCCACGAGUGUCCCGCAUCCCUCCAGGGGCACUCAGACGGCGCCCACGACCGAAAUCACGCGUCAGACGAGCCUGCAGAAGAUCAUGCAGCGCAAGCGGAUCGUGUCGCAGCUGCCCAAGCAGCAGAAGCUGGCCAAGCUGUCCAUGUACAGCGCCUGCCAGCUCGAGACGUGUCGCUGCACUGGCUGGAAGAUGCCCGAGGAGAAUCGCCAUCGCGACGUGGAGACGACCUUCUGCCCCAAGCCCACGGACGAGUGCCGCAACACGUACUGCAAGCACUCGCUGGAGUUGCACCUGCGACACCAGCACGAGCUCGAGGACGAGCAACUGAACGGGCUGCUGAACACGAUCAUUGACGUGGAGAACCUCUUCAUGAGCAUGUCCAGGGAGGAGGACGCGGACACGAAGAAGGUGUACUACUAUCUCUUCAGGCUCCUCCGCCAGUGCAUCCUCACGCGGCAGCAGCCCGUGAUCCGGGGGCCCCUCGGCGACCCGCCCUUCGAAUCUCCGAGCAUCUUCAAAGCCAUCACGAACUUCGUGUUCUUCAAGUUCCACCACCUCAGCCAGGGCGAAUUCCAGACCAUGUCCGAAGUGGCCAGGACGUUCCUCAACUGCCUAAAUCACUGGAACUUCGAGGCGCCGAGUGUGCGCGGCCGUGAUCUCAGUCACGAGGACGCGUCCACGUAUAAGAUCAACUACACGCGCUGGCUCAUGUUCUGCCACGUGCCGGCGUUCUGCAACUCCCUGCCGCACUACGAGACCAGCGUGGCGUUCGGACGGACGCUGCUCAAGGCCGUGUUUCAGUUCGUGAGCCAGCAGCUGCUGGUGAAGUGUCGCACGGAGAAGGACCGGAUGCCCGUGGAAAAGCGCAUGCUGCUCACGCAGAUGCCCAAGUUCCUGGACGCCCUCAAGCACGAGGUGAUCAAUGAGGAGUCGCCCAUCUGGGACCCCAGCUACAAACCGGCCGUGUCGUUGCUGUUGCAGCGCACGGCCAACGCCAAGAGGGUGCACGAGGCCACCGGCUUGCCGAGCUACUCGGCGGGGCGCAAGAUGCCAGACAACUCACAGGCGAAGAAGUACAAGUACUCCAGCGACGUGGAGGACUUGAGCAACGACGCGAUUCUGCUCGCCAUCCGGUACCUCAGCGGGAGCAAGAACAGCCGCAACAGCGAAGUGGUGUUUCCCGUGAACGCGCCGCGCGACGAGGCGGCCAAGACGAAAGAGAGCCGCGGCGAGAUUGAGCUGCACAUCGUGGGCAACUCGCUGAGCCAUCCGGUCAGCAAGCAGUCGAUGCUGUGGCUGCUGGGCCUGCACAGUGUCUUCGCGCAUCAACUGCCUGAUAUGCCGCGCGACUACAUCAGCCAGCUGGUGUUCGACCCGAAACACAAAACGCUGGCGCUGGUCGAGGAGGGCCGCCCGAUCGGCGGCAUCUGCUUCCGCACGUUCGGCACGCAGGGUUUCACGGAGAUCGUGUUCUGCGCCGUGACGGGCGACAAGCAGGUGAAGGGCUACGGCACGCACCUGAUGAACCACCUCAAGGACUACAGUAUCCAGCAGGGCAUCAAGCAUUUCCUCACAUACGCCGACCAGUUCGCCAUCGGCUACUUCAAGAAGCAGGGCUUCUCCAAGGACAUCAAGGUGGCGCGCCCCAUCUACGCCGGCUACAUCAAAGAGUACGAGGGCGCCACGCUGAUGCACUGCGAGUUGCAUUCGGGCAUCGUCUACACGCAGUUCAGCAGCGUCAUCCGCCGCCAGAAGGACAUCGUGAAGGAGCUGAUUGCGCAGCGUCAGCAGGAGGUGCAGAAAAUCCAUCCGGGGCUCACGUGCUUCAAGGAGGGCGUGCGCAGCAUUCCCGUGGAGUCCAUCCCUGGCCUGCGUGAGGUCGGCUGGCGGCCCAUCGCGCGCGCUCAGCGCCAGGCGCGACCACUCGAAGAGUCCGCCGAUCCGGACAAGCUGGCACAGACGCUGACCACGGUGCUGAUGACUGUGCGCCAACACUCAGCCGCCUGGCCCUUCCAGAAGCCCGUCAGUGUCGUGGACGUGCCCGACUACUACGACCACAUCAAGUACCCCAUGGACCUCAAGACCAUGGGCGAUCGCCUCAAGCGCGGCUACUAUGUCACCAGGCGCCUCUUCAUGGCUGACAUGGCGCGCAUCUUCACCAACUGCCGCUUCUACAACUCCCCAGAGACUGAAUACUACAGGUGCGCCAACACGCUGGAGCGCUACUUCCAGACCAAGAUGAAGGAGAUUGGGCUGUGGGACAAAUAAAAGCCGCUCAGUGCCGAACUAGACUCACCAACGAUCGUAUAUUGUAC